AUGUCUGCGACAAUUGAGCCUCGUUUGAUUGCGUUACUCAACGAUGCGUCGUCCGAAUCCUUUCCAGUGCCGCCCUCGCUGGAACUCCAGCUUCCGCCGCUACAGGAUCCAAAUGUCUUGAAAGCUUCCGGGCGGCCUUUGUUACUCGAACCCGAUGCUAGCAAACGCAAUGGCAAGCUGGCGCGGGCACAGAAUACCCUUCCGCAAUACCCCUCGACUUUACUCCCUCCGCUCGAUGAAGAAGAGACAUCAUAUAGCGAACCGAAGCAAAACUCUGAGAUGAGUGCUGCUACCAAUGACCGGGCGUUGGGUGGUUCAUCGCCUCAGUCCUUACGCAAGAUCUUGGGUGAUGAUAUUGGCACUUCAGUGAGAGCGCCUUCUAAGAAGCGCCUUAUAGUCGAGAAUAGCAAAGACGAUUUCGUCCAGCUUCCUCAGCCCCCAAAGAAGCACAAGGCUGCAAAUCAAGUCGUUCCUCCGAUCAUUAUUGGUCUCUUCGAACCUCCACCACAAACCGCCUUAUUCCCACCGAUCGCCUCAAGCUCCUUCCACGAUAGCCACGGUAGAAACACACUGAACACCGUUCCCCCAAGGGUGAAGGGGGUAGGGCACUCCUCCAAGAGUGCCUCCACGGAUGAUUCUGAGAAAAGCAUUGCGAACAAGAAACGGGAUAAGAAGGACGUUCGUGCUAGAAAAAAGUGGACUGAGGAAGAGACGAAUAACCUCUUACUAGGCGUGCAUAAACACGGGCUUGGUAAUUGGACUGAUAUACUUGAAGAUACGACAUUUUCCUUCAACCAACGGUCGGCGGCGGAUCUUAAGGACCGCUUUCGGACCUGCUGCCCUACUGAAUUGCGCGGCGAAAAUGGCAAGGGAAAAAGUCAAACCUACCAGUCUGGCAAUGAUCCUGGCAAUAGUGCCCUACAAGCAAAGCAAAAAUCAAGCCUAAUGGUCGAAAACAUUCUCAUAGAUGGUGAUAAUAUUGGGACCACUGGGGGUGGUAGUGAUGCAACACCUACCAAACCUCGGAAAACCCGUACGCACAGGAAAAAGCUGGAGGAUCUUGCCCAACUUGGCAUCGAGGGGCCCUUCCGCAAAUCUCACCGGCGAGAGAGGAGGCCAUUCUCCGAGGAUGAGGAUCGCGAAAUCCUUCAAGGAUAUCAAAUCCAUGGUCCUGCAUGGACGAGAAUACAAAGGGAUCCUCGCUUUCACCUACAAAGCAGACAGCCGACAGAUCUCAGGGACCGCUUCAGGAACAAGUUCCCUGAAAAAUUUCGUGCUGAAGAGAAAGGAAGUGCGACGGGUAAAGAGAAUGCCGUUGUAGACAAGCCACAGUCCGAAGUUUCUCAGCAGAUGGAGAGGAAGGGAAAGGAGAACUCGGACCCGAACCAUAUCGCGACUUCACUCCAUGCUUCACCACCUUUCUCGCAGUCGGGAACAAGAUCUAGCGAACGAGGGAAAGAUAGUUUUCCAAAGGAGCACACGGCAUUACCGGGGGCGGGUCUGUCAUCAAAUGUAACAUCAUCUUCAAGCCGCGAUGGACUUCGGAUACAAGAGAUCAUCUCACCGGAGCAUGAGAUAUCUAAAAUUAUGCCAUUGCAGAAUCAGACUUCAUUGUUCAGCUUCAGAGACAGCUUUGGCCCCUUUUCGGAAGCACCAGUCAUGGAAUCCACCGACGGUUUGGCUUUCAGUCAGUCUUUCGACUGGGGCGGGUCGAUGACUGCUACCUUUCCGGGAAGCAUGGGAGAGAUGGAUAUAUCUCGCCUGCUGUUGGACGAGAACUGGGUAGACAAUCCUGGUUCUGCUGUCAAAGAGAAGCAGAGCCUCUCUGAUCUGAACAAUCUUGCUCCUUCAGGUACUGAUGCGCCUAGCGGACCGUCGUUUUACAACUUGUUGUGCGAUCCAGAGCAGAUCGUUGAUCUGCACGAUUCCACGUUUGGAUGA